GUUUUAAAGUUUGUCACAUUAUUGGCAUUUUCUUGUGAGUAUCAAAGUAGGGGAAAUUUGAGAAUAAUUCUGGAGAGGAAUUAAUAUCGACGAUGGCAGUUGCAGGGAUUGAUCGGAAUGCGGCGUUAACACCGGAGGCACCGCUUGCACCGGUGACUAUUGAAAGGAAAGUUAGGACUGAUUUGGAAACUUCUAUUCCAAAGCCUUAUCUGGCAAGGGGGUUGGUGGCUCCUGAUAUGGAGCACCCUCAUGGAACUCCUGGCCACAGGCACCACGGCUUGAGCGUUCUUCAACAACACGUUGCCUUCUUUGACCAGGAUGAGAAUGGCAUUAUUUACCCAUGGGAAACUUACUCUGGCCUUCGUCAAAUUGGGUUCAAUAUGAUAGCAUCUCUGAUAAUUGCGAUUGUCAUCAAUGCUGCUUUGAGUUAUCCUACUCUGCCAGGGUGGUUUCCCUCACCUUUUCUCCCAAUAUAUAUCCAUAAUAUACACAAGUGCAAGCAUGGAAGUGAUACUCACACAUAUGACAGAGAGGGCAGGUUCUUACCUGUGCAUUUCGAAAACACUUUUAGCAAGUAUGCCCGUACACUGCCUGAUAAACUCACUCUCGGUGAACUCUGGGAUAUGACUGAAGGAAACAGAGAGGCAUUCGACCUCUUUGGCUGGAUCGCGAGCAAAAUGGAGUGGGGAGUUCUGUAUGUUCUUGCAAGAGAUCAGGAUGGUUUUCUAUCUAAAGAAGCAAUAAGGCGAUGUUUCGAUGGAAGUUUGUUCGAGUAUUGUGCCAAAAUACAAAUGGAAGCUGAAGGAUGGUUGAAGGAAGAGUAAGUCCAACAUAUGAAAAGUAAAUUGGCAAGAGUAUUUAGAGUAUAUAAAGCAUUGUAAUAAGCAGGGCAGUAGCCUGGAAUUGAACUUGUGUUUUGCCAUGUCUUUUUAAGUCUUUGUACCAGAAAAAUUGGGCUUGUGUAGUGUCUGAUCUUUGUAAAGCUUAUCUAUAAAAUGAAUCCAGAAGUUUAAGUA